UGAGGGGCGGUGCUAACAUUACGCAUGCGCACGGCGGUGCCGCGGGUUGCGCGGGAAAGAGGAGGAGCGCGCGUUCAGAUUCAGGCACACCUACUCAGUUCCUGAUAAGGACAGAGGGACCUUGACAACUUCGGUGGCCCAGAUUUUUCCAGAAACAGAUAAAAUGAGUAAGAGGAAAAAGCUUCGGACUUCAGGAGGAGGAGUCCGUCCUCCAAAGGCCCCAAAGAACCCAAGGCUAGGAGACUCUGGCGGGCCCCCGCAGAGUUCUGAGCAGAGCUCUUUGUGUCUCCCUGAAGAGUCAGAAGGCAGAUCAGGACCCAUUCCCUCUGCAGAGCAGAGAACAGAGGAACCAGUACAGGCACUCUCCAGCUCCCAUGAUGAGGAAGCAGGAGCUCCCUCCAGGCUCUUUGGGCAACCAGAAAAGGGGCCGGUUCCCUUUGCUCUUUCUCAGAACUCAGCCAGGAGGUAUGUCCCCCAGUUUGCAAAACUCAGGAAGACAGCAACAAGACAAGCAGAGCUGAAGGAAGAGGACCUUGGGAGUGGAGCCCCUAAAAUCAGCCAGGAAACACCACUAGAGCCGAGUGCCCAGCAGGCCAGAAGGAAUUCCUUCCUAUGGGAGGAAUCCCUAGGGCUUAUUCCCUGGGAGGCCAGGGAGCUGGAUGCCCAGACUCAGGUAGACAGCACCCACCCUGAGCACAGAGACCAAAACUCCAUGACACCUGUGCCUGGCAGUGGGGAUCCUCAGCCCUCAACCUCCACUGAUGCCUCUCCAGAAUGGGACACAGUGCCCUUGGCCUCCGUAAGGGCCCAGGACCACCUAUUGGAGCAAGGAACCAGCACACCAGAUGGUGAAAGCAGGGAAGGUUGUUGGGUUCUAGGCUAUCAUGGCCAGAAAGGGCUCCUGCUGAGCGGAGAUGCUGAAGAGAAAGAGUCAGACCAAGGAGCACUUCAGGAAGCAAGUGCCCAAGGGGGAGCAGAAGCUGACCUGCCUGAGAGGUGUCAAGAAGAAGGAGACAGUGUCCUAAGUUCCAUUACUCAGGACACAGAGCCCAGAUCUGCAGCCCAGGGCCUCUCUGACCCCAUACAGAUGCCCAGCAAGACUGGCAGGGAAGCAGAACAGAGUUGUAGCAGUCCAAGAUAUUCCUCCCUUGGGACUGUUGUCAUCACGGAUGUGAGCACAGACCCCACUGAGCCAGAACAGAGGGCUCCAGAGGUGGCCAGGCCAGAUGAACAGGCCAACACCAAGGCACCUACCUGUCCCAGUGGGAAGGCCCCUGAUGGAGGGUGCAGUGGGGCCCUGCUCAGUUGCAUAUCUCUCACUGGGGAUACAGGAUGUAGAGGGGAGGCAGGGUGGGAAGGCAAGCCCCCUGGCAACAUCCUGGGGGGCCCUGCAGCCUCCCAGGCUCUGGAUCACAGCAUAAGAGAGCCCACAAUAGGUGCUAGAGAUUCCAGUCUUCUAGCCUCGGAAAUGGGUCCAGAUGUUGAUCCGACAAAGGUGCCUGGCCUGGAUCAAGAUGGGCUGGGAAGUGUGUGUAUGCUGCCUUUGCUCUUGCAGCCUGCAGGUAAAAAAACAGCUGAGUUAAGUCACGAGAGCCCUGAACAAGACCUUGAGGGGUUCAGUCUGUCUCUUGGAGCCUUUGUUCCACCGCCAAACAGAGAAACAGUGGGUGGCCUUUCCCAGGAGGCCAGAGCCUGCCAGGACAGCAUAGAUGCCCCUGCGGCCCCCACAGGCUGGUCUGCAUGCCCUCCUGGCUCUGUAGACCAGGCUGUUUUGGGGGAGUCCCUAGCUUUGGAACCUGACUUUGUGCCAGACAGCCAGAUGCAGAAGGCCCUGGAAGCCCCUGACUUUGAAACCUCACAUGAGCAGGUACUGCAAGAUGAGCAGGAGACAGUGCCACGCCUCCGUCAUCAGGAACAGAGCCAUCGGCCAGCACAGAUCAGCCCUUCAAAAAGAACAAGCUCGGCAGGGGACACCAGGUUGUUUCCUACAGGGAGCAGGCUGGACUCUUGCUGGCCUGGCACAAGCCCACAAGCUGAUGGAGGCCUUCUCACGGAGUUCCAGCUGAGGACCUGUGUAGGGAUCAAGGCCUGUGAAGCCGCCAGGAUGGAGGAUGCAACAGACACGGUGCAAGGUCUUAUUGUUGAGCUCUCCAACCUGAACCGGCUGAUCAUGAGCGCCCACCGGGACCUGGAGGCCUUCAAGCGCCUCAGCUACCGGAAGGCAAGGCUGGCAGGGAAAGGCCCAGCACCCUACACAUCAAAGGGAGCUGGGAAUCUCCCUCCGGAGGAGCGAUCCUGGAGGGAUUUGUAGAUUACUUCCAGACCACCUCAGGAGCGCCUUGUGUGUGCACAUGUGCACAAGCUUGCAGCGCCUGUGCGUGUUUCCUCUGCUCUGGCCCCCGGAAGUUCUGCUGCUAAACAGCUGGAAACAAUCCCUUGGCAGACCCCGGAAAGCCUGCAGGGCCCUGUCUGCCCCCUGGUUUACCCUAUAAGAUGCUCCAGCAGGUCCUAGUGGGUCCCAGAAACCUCCCCUCAGAUGACCCGGAAGUCAUCUUGCCAUGGGAAACAUCAGAGGCCAGGCCCAUAUCUACAGCCUCCCUUGAGAGUCAGUAAGGGACGGAACUUGCUCUUCCCUGCGGCUGCAGCAGAGGUCAGAGGCAGAAGGCUGGAGGCAGGCAGCAGGAGGCCGGCUGUGCCCCCCACCCUCCGGAAGCCAGCUGCUUCUGAGCAGAGCCCAGAGCCACCCAGAUGUUUAUCUAGAUUUGCAAAUUUCAUUCUUUAGCUCAGGUUAUAGGAGGUUCAGAAUUUGUUUCUUUACUGGAGGAGAGAAGGGCUCCCUUUGUUGGUGGUACCUUUGUUUUUCUCCGGAUUUCCAUUUUAUUUCUUUUGGUUAGAUCAUUAAUAAAUGAUUCCCUAGUGUGGAUCUGUGACCUGC